UGUAGAAAAAGGUGCUAAAACGGAGCGGGAUAUCGCGAGGCAGAUAAGAAGGCAGACUAUACACGACAAGACGAGCGGAGUCGCCGAAGAGAUAGGAUCGUUUGUUUGGCUGGAGACUGCGUUGACCAUUGUCGGUUUUUGGGUUGGUGGUUGCUGUUGCGGGAGGGUUGUCUACCUUCUGGGGAGCUUUGGGUGCUGGUUGGAGGAGGUCGAGGGCGUUUGUUAUUGGGGGAUUCGAGGUGCAAUUUCGGGUUGAGGAAGGGGAAGAGAUAGGUUGGGAGUACGUUUAAGGGGGAUCGAUAUUGCCAAACACAAGACGAAAAGAGCCGGAAGGGAAAGGAAACGCUACGAUGGCGUCGACAUCAUCAUCAAUUGAUGCAUCUACAAACAACACAACACCCUCCUCCUCCGCCAACAACGAAAACACCACCACCACCACCACCUCCUCCUCCUCCUCCUCCUCCUCCACGCCUUCCAAACCAAAAAUCGCCUUCAUAUCCGGGCCCCUCGACCCCUCAGAAUCCUACUUCCAAACCCACUACGUCCCCCUCCUCGACGCCGCCAUCGCCUCCUCCCACCACUUCAUCAUCGGCCCCGUCGCCGGCGUCGACACCCUCGCGCUACAGCACCUCCUCUCCCGCUCCGUCCCGCCCUCCCACAUCACCAUCUACAUGGCGCACUUCGAGUACCUCACCCCCUCAUGGCGGAACUCCUACCUCUCGCUCGGCGUCAAUGUCCGCCACGUCGAGGACGCGAUCGUGACGGAGGAGCGCGACGAGGCGAUGACGAGGGAUAGCGAUUAUGAUAUCCUGCGGUAUCGCACGGAAGCGGAGGCGAAGGAGGUGUAUGGCGUGUUGUGGAGGGCGAGGACGAGUAAUACGGAGAUGAAUGAGCGGCGGAGGAGGGGGGUGGUGAGUAGGGAGUAUGAUCUUGGGGGGAGUGUGACGGGAAGGGUGAUAGGGAAGGAGGAGGAGGAGGAGGAGGAGGGGGGAAAGGGUCAAGAGGAUGGGGAGGGGAAGACGGGGUUUAGGGAGAGGGUGAUGAGGAAGUUGAAAUGAGGGUUCGAUGCGGUUGGGCAAGUGUUUGGAAGGGGAGUGUGUUGGGGGGAUUGGGAUGGGAUAGACAAAAUUAUAAUUGAUACACCCAAAAGCUUCUUCGUUCGUAGAAAAACAUAAU